AUGCACGUUCGUACUUUUAAAUUUUUUCAGGCCCAGACGGUGAUUGUGGAUGAUAGCGUGUCUGGAUUUAUUGGAGCCAACGUGACUUUGCGCUGCACAUUCACAAACAUCAACCCCAACAUCAAAAUCACUCAAGUGACAUGGCAAAAGGCAACCAAUGGGUCGAAGCAAAAUAUAGCUAUUUUUCAUCCGACUAUGGGGGUCUCUGUCUUGCCCCCUCACCAAGGCAGAGUAUCUUUUAAGAAGCCAUCACUGGAUGAUGCGACCAUCCAGCUGUCCAGCCUAGAGUUAUCCGAUGAAGGUGUCUACAUCUGUGAGUUUGCAACUUUUCCGACGGGAAAUCGAGAGAGCCAGGUUAACCUCACAGUUUUUGCCAGGCCAGUGAAUGAUGCGGAGCUCAGCCCAAACACCAUCACAGCACGAGCUGGUUUUUCGGGAAAGAUUGUUGUAGCAACAUGUACAUCUGCCAAUGGGAAGCCGCCAGGAAUCAUCACUUGGGAGACAAAAGUAAAUGGGGAGGCAGUUGUUAAAGAAUUCCGCAACCAGAAUGGCACCAUCACAGUGAUCAGCCAGUACCUGCUUGUUCCAUCCAGAGAGGCUCACAGGCAAUCACUGACAUGUGUGGUGAACUACCAGACGGAUCGCACCACCAAGGUGCUGAUGUUAAAUGUGCAGUAUGAACCAGAGGUUACAGUGGAAGGAUUUGAUGGGAAUUGGUAUUUGAACAGAGAAGAUGUACGUCUGACAUGCAGAGCAGACGGCAACCCACCUGCCACAAAGUACAAGUGGAAGAUGUUAAACGGUUCAUUGCCUGUAAAUGUGGAACCACAGAACACAACCCUGUUCUUCAAAGGGACUGUGACCUAUGACCUCGCUGGGACGUACAUCUGUGAAGCUACAAAUGCAAUUGGGACACGGUCGGGUCUGGUUGAGGUCAACAUUACAGAUAAGCCACUCCCCCAGGGAGCACCGGGAAGUGUGAUUGGAAUUCUGGGAGGGGUCAUUGCUGCCGUUAUUAUCAUCAGCGCCAUUGUAACCGUCUUCUUCAUUUACCGACGGCAACAGAAGAACCGAGCUGACACAGACAAUGACCUGAUUGACCUCCCUCCAUCCCAUAAACCACCAGCCCCCGAAAAGAAGACAGAGAUGAAGAGUCACCUGACGGCAGACGAUAUUCAGGUGCUGCAACUGGACAGCAUGAAGGACGAAGAGGAUGCUGUGAAGACUCCAGUCCAGACCCAAUAUUAUGACCUGGCUGCUCCAGAACCAUCUCCCCACUCCGAGAAAUCGUACAAUGGGAACCGCUAUGAAGAAUUACCAGAUGAGAAUGAAUACGUGAGUGGCCGGCACAAUUAUCAUGAUGACUACUUGGAGCAACUCCACCCUAUUUAUAAUCAGUUAUCGUAUAGAUCCCCCGAUAUUCCUUGCCACCCCAGUUCCUCCCACAGAUACCCCCAGCCUGGUUCUCGGGCCCCGUACAUUUACUCAAAGGAACAAUAUGUCUAAGUGACCCUCAGUGACCAACAGUGACCGUGAGCACACAGUCCAGCAACUCAAACAGUGGCUGGAGAAACUGCUUAACCCUUUGUUAACCAACAGUAAUGGAAGCGUUGUUUCACUCUCUGUGGCGAUGCAUGUGGCGCACACACACAGGGGACAGACAGUUUGACUGCGCUGGUUUGGAAAGGGUUAAUGCCCUCACUUUGCCAUCAUGAAUAACAGGAAUGUCAAGGGGAAUACUGACAAGGCGAGCAGACCAAGACCUCGUGAUAUUGCUGUUGAACUGACCCAAUCAGGAAUGUUGGCCGCUCCGAAACUGCUGCAUGUAAA